AUUAGUUUGCCAUGUGAUAGUAAUGUUGUUACUUGAAUGACUAAAUAUUGCCAGCAUCUUUGUGAUCCACAUCAGUGAAGUUCUCACAGAGAGAAAGAGAGAGAUUGGGGACUCCUCUGUAGUGUGAGACCGUCUGCUCCAGCACAGCACCAGCGCAGACAGGUGCAGGCAUUCUCCGCCCGGUAACCCAGCGACCCCUUUCAAAGAGAAGCGGUCGUCGAACCGGAUUACCCACUGUGCAUCACAAAACACUGCCGGCUGAAGUGCGUCUGCACCUUCUUGUCUUGUUCCGACACCGUGAAAGAUGGUAGAAGAUGGGACUGAAAGAACACAGAAAACGGAGGCUAAAACAGAACAUAAUGGAGCCAGCACACCUCAGGCACAGCCAAAGAAGGUGAAGCUCAGUUUCCCUCUGGUAUGCGCUGCUUUCUUCGGUGCCUUGGGCUCCUCCUACCUCUACGGCUACAACCUAUCAGUGGUCAACGCGCCAGCCUUGUACAUUAAGUCCUUCUAUAACAGGACGUGGAUGGAACGCUACGGUGAACCUGCGCUCGGGGAGACUCUAACCCUACUCUGGUCCAUCACCGUUUCCAUCUUCGCCAUUGGAGGGCUCCUGGGGGCGCUCGUUGUCUCCCUGCUCAUAAAGGUCCUGGGCAGGAAGGGCACCUUGUUGGUGAAUAACAUCUUUGCUGUGAUUGCCGCCCUGAUGAUGGCACUAGGGGAGAGGGCGGGGUCCUUCGAGAUGAUUAUUCUUGGCCGAUUUGUCAUCGGCGUGGACUCUGGCAUUGCCCUCAGUGCCCUGCCCAUGUACCUGGGAGAGAUCUCCCCCAAGGAAAUUCGGGGCUCGAUUGGCCAGUUCAACUCGGUCUUCAUCUGCUUGGGCGUCUUCACGGGACAGGUCCUGGGGCUGCCCGAAUUACUUGGACAGGAAUCCAGGUGGAACUUCCUGCUGGGCUUCCUGGCGCUCCCAGCGGUGCUCCAGCUGUGUGUUCUGCCUUUCCUGCCGGAGAGCCCUCGAUUCCUACUCAUGGAGAGACGGGAUGAGGCCCGGGCAGAGAAAGCUUUCCAGGCCUUCCUGGGGAAAAAAGACGUGACCGAGGAGCUGGAGGAGGUCCACGCGGAGAGCCGGGCUCAGAGCAACCUGCGCGCGGUCUCCGUCACCGAGCUGCUCCGCAACCGGGCCGUCCGCUGGCAGGUCAUCACCGUCAUCGUCACCAUGGCCUGCUACCAGCUCUGCGGCCUCAACGCGAUAUGGUACUACACCAAUGGGAUUCUUGCAGAUGCGGGGUUUCCAAAGAGUGUGGUCCCUUACAUCACGCUGAGCACAGGAGGGGUGGAGACCCUGGCUGCUAUCUGCUCGGGCCUGGUCAUCGAGCGUGUGGGGAGGAGGCCGCUGCUAAUCUUCGGCUUUACCGCCAUGGCCGUUUCAUUCGGCCUGCUCACCAUUUUCCUCACUUUCCAGAACCGGGUCUCCUGGAUGCCAUACCUCAGUUUUGCGUGCAUCCUGGCUGUCAUCGCCUCUUUCUGCUCUGGCCCAGGUGGGAUUCCAUUCAUCCUGACAGGAGAGCUGUUUGAACAAUCAUUUCGACCGGCUGCUUUUAUGAUCGCUGGGACCAUCAACUGGCUCGCUAACUUCGCUGUGGGGCUCCUGUUCCCUUUCAUCCAGGAGGCCCUGGACACCUUUGCUUUCAUGGUGUUCCUGGUGGUCUGUGCCCUGGGGGCAGUGUUCCUCUACUUCAUCCUGCCCGAGACCAAGAACAAGACCUUUAUGGAGAUCAGCGAGUCCUUCGCAAAGAUCAACAAAGUCUCAGACACCACUCCCGACAAGGAAAUGGAGAUGGCGCUGUCUGUCACCCCAAGAAGCAAGGAAGCUACAAAUGGAACAGUAGCCGGCAUCAUUCAAAUGGAGAGCUCGUUUUAAAAGACUGACCAGAGGAGCCGUCAGUGUUUUCAGUGAUAACGUCACAAAUGUUUGUUUUUUUUGUAUACAUAUUUAAAAUAUAACUGGAUAAAUCAAAAGCCAUGAAAUGGAUGAAAUAGUUUAAUCUCCAAAACAUUUUCUAGGGUUUACACAUAGGUCUGACCUCCUUUUUUGAAUAAAAUGAUGAACUCGA